AUGAACAGCGAGGAAGAGUUUUUUGAUGCCAUUACAGGCACAGACUCUGACAAUUCCUCCGCAGAAUUUGCCGACACCAACCAGCGGCUCGCAGACAUGACCCUCACCAACCAGAGCAUGACACCCGAUGAGGAGGGAAGUCUCCAGGAGAAUGGAUUGAAGAAGUACAGGACCUCCCUGCCAGCCCCUAUGAUCUCUAGAAAUAAUUUCAGCGUGUGGAGCAUAUUAAAAAAAUGCAUUGGACUGGAGCUGUCGAAAAUCACCAUGCCGAUCGUUUUUAACGAGCCACUGAGCUUCCUGCAGCGAAUCACGGAAUACAUGGAGCACACAUACCUGAUCAACAAGGCCUGUUCCUGUACAAAUCCGCUACUCAGGAUGCAGUCUGUGGCUGCAUUUGCUGUAUCAGCUGUAGCAUCUCAAUGGGAGAGGACUGGCAAACCAUUCAACCCUCUUCUGGGAGAGACAUAUGAACUAAUAAGGGAAGACCUGGGCUUCCGGUUCAUAUCUGAGCAAGUCAGCCAUCACCCUCCUGUUAGUGCCUUCUAUGCCGAAGGCCUGAAUAAAGACUUUAUCUUUCAUGGUUCUAUCUAUCCAAAGCUGAAGUUCUGGGGCAAGAGAGCGUAGAGGCCGAACCCCGCGGAGCCAUCACCCUGGAGCUGCUCAAGCACAAAGAUAUCUAUACAUGGACAAACCCCACCUGCUGUGUACACAAUGUUAUUAUCGGGAAGCUGUGGAUAGAGCAGUAUGGGACAGUGGAAAUUGUAAAUCACAGCACUGGAGAUAAAUGUAUCCUGAACUUCAAGCCCUGCGGCCUGUUUGGAAAGGAGCUUCACCGAGUAGAAGGACAUAUUCAAGACAAGAACAAAAAGAAACUGUGUAUGAUUUAUGGCAAGUGGACGGAGUGCUUAUGGAGUAUAGAUCCUUCUACAUAUGAGGCUUACAAGAAAUCAGAAAAGAAAGGAGGUGAACCGAAGAAAUAUAAACAGAAUGAAGAAACUCUGAAUCCAGACAGUGACGAAUCCGAUGAUAUGCCAGAAAUCCAGGAGACUGUGCAGGUCAUACCUGGCAGUACCCUUCUAUGGAGGAUCAAUAGUCGACCUUCAAACUCACCUCAGAUGUACAAUUUUACCCAUUUCGCCGUGGCUCUUAAUGAAUUAGACAAAGACAUGGUGGCAGUAUUGGCUCCCACGGACUGCCGGCUAAGACCCGACAUCAGAUCCAUGGAAAACGGGGAUCUAGAUCAGGCUAGUAAAGAGAAGGAAAGGUUAGAAGAGAAACAGAGGGCUUCCAGGAGGGAACGAGCCAAAACAAAUGAAGAAUGGAGCACAAGGUGGUUUACACAGGGGACUAAUGCGCACACUAAGACCGCGGACUGGAUCUACACGGGAGGAUACUUUGAUAGAAAGUUUACGGACUGUCCCGACAUUUAUUGA